GGACUCGACAGGACUGGACACUCGUUCAAUCAAUCCACCUGGCCGGGUUCCCCCUUCGAAAACAACGAAUCUCUUUCCUCUUCCGUGGCACCAGUCGCGGCAUCCAUACCAUGGUAACACGGCAAAGCGCGACACUCCAAUACCGCCACAGGCGACAGCAAUUCCACGGCCGAAUCGGAUUGACUCCCACGCCAGAGCAGUUUGUGUUACUACUGCGUAGUGGGACAGGGACAUGUUUGGGACACUGUGACGCGGGCAAAACGGCGGACAGGCACAGGCACAGGCACAGGCAGGUCUGCAGCGCAACGCUGAGGCUGGGCUGGGCCAUGGCGUCGAUGCUUCUACCGACAAUAGAUAAACGGGGCCGCGUCGGACACGGUUCCGGCACAGCGUUGUGGUUGAAUGGAUUCAGUUCGUACGGUACCUAACUGGCACCAAAGCAGCAUUGCAAUCAGCCCACCGCCAGCCAACCACGCACAUGCUCGGGGCGACAUGGCGCUACUUGGGAUCCUGGGAAAGUGUUGGGCCUUGGCGGCGAUGCUACGAAAUCGCUGCAUCGGGAAGUCUGUGAAUGGCUGUUGACCAUUGAUUGCACUUGUUGCCUGGCAAAACUCUGGCCGUCCGGUCUCCUCCUACUCCUCUAGCGCGCGCGCACAUCACCUCCCGAACUCUGUCUGUCUGUCUUUCCACGACUUGCACAUAUUCCCACUGUUCGCUCCGACUCGAGGCUUCCGCGCCUCACCAGUACUCCGGCACAUCAAAUGCUGGGCCGUCACCAGCUGCAUCGAGAACAACAGUCCUGACACGAUGGACACUCCUCCCACGGCCUUCAGGGGCAGCGAAGACGAGAGGUCGGAUCAGCAGAGAAAGAGGAACCGCAUCCGGUUUUCGUGUACCACAUGUCGAGAGAAAAAACUCAAGUGCAAUCGCCAGUCUCCGUGCGACCAGUGCAUCAAGAGGAACGUUGCCGCAACAUGCAACUUUAUUCCCUAUGCCCAAAAUGAGCCGCGCCCACCCCCCUCUGUCUCGGGCACCACACCCGGCUCACAAAAUGCCGGCUCCCGCAACAGGAGAGGGGCCCUUCAGGACAUGACGGCAGCAGCCCGCCUUCGCCACCUCGAGCAUAUGGUCCAGGUCCUGAAAGCGCAAAUGCGCCGUGAGGAGGGUGGUGGUGGUGGUGGUGCGGACGUGCCGGUUUCUUCUUCGAGGGCCAUCUCUCCUGUCCCUCCGUCGCCCUCUGCCCAAGACACGCAGCCGGAUGCAGAAUCAAGCGCGCCGUCCAAGGGGACAGCAGGCGCCAUGGCCGAUCAGACACGAUACGUCGAAGUCAUUCAUUGGGAAGCAGUCUACGACGAGCUUACCACCUUGACCAAGAAUCUCAAGGCCUCGGAUGAAAGCGAUCAAGAGGAAGAGGAACACUGGUCGCCCAGGAGUAACAUGCCUGAACGCCAGCCCGUCUCGGUCCUCUUUGCUGGUGGCUAUGCUCCUGUUUCCCCGGCCGAUCUGUUCCGACGCAUGCCACCGAAGCCUGUAUGCGACCGUCUGCUGUCCAUCUUCUUCCAGGUCAAAGACGCCGCCUGGUCAGUCUUCCAUCUGCCCACGCUGUGGAGAUACUACGAUGCGCUCUGGCAAGAGGAUGCCGAGCUUACCUACACCGAUCUGGCCUUCUUCUUCCUCCUGUACGCAAACUCGGCCCUCUUCUGUAUCCAUACGGGCGAGGAGGUUCCUGGCAACUUGGGAAGCCCGAUGCAGGCAUAUAGCAUGCUUAAAGCCACGGGCGCUCACGCCCUUGCGCUCUCUGACUACAGCACACCAGGGAAAAACAAACUUGAGGCCCUGUAUGUCUAUUUCAUUGCCGAGUUUAUCGGCCAGCCUGACGCACCGCUCAGCACGUCCAUCAUCUUUGCCAACAUUGUCCGACUUGCCAUGCACAUGGGACUACAUCGUGACCCGAAGCACUACCCUAACAUGAGCCCUUUUGAGGGCGAGAUGCGCAGGAGACUCUGGCUGCAGUUUGUCGAGGUUGACCAGAUCGUCGCGUUUCAGUUUGGGCUCCCGAGCAACAUCCAGUCCCGUUUCUAUGAUACCGAAAUCCCUCGUAACCUUCUUGACACGGACUUUGACGAAAAUACCAAAGAACUUCCGCCCUCGAGGCCCGAAUCCGAGAUGACAUCCGUCCUCCUGAACAUAGUAAAAUCUCGCAUGAUAUGUGCCUUUGCAGAUAUCACAGCGGCCAUGUGCUCGAGGAACCCCAUCAGCUACGCUGAAGUCAUUCGUCUGGACAAGCAGCUCGAGGACGCCCACAACAGUCUUCCGCCUCUGCUCCAGUUUCGUAACUUUGCCGAGUCCAAGGACGACCCCAUUGACGUGGUAAUGCAGCGGUUUUGGAUGGAACUAAUGUAUCAAAAGGCACGGAUCGUGUUGCACCGAAGGUACAUGGGCAUUGGAAGGACGGAUAAGCGUUACGCGCACUCUCAGCAGGUCUGUCUGGACGCGGCCACCAAGACGUUGCGAGGCCAGUUCGAUCUUUAUUGUGAGCGGCAGCCCCAGGGGCGAUUGGCUUCGGAGAAAAACGGGCAAUUUUUCCGAGCCAGUAUUACCACUCACGACUUUCUCCUCGCCGGCAUGAUCCUCUGUCUCGAACUUUCCCACAUCAGGGCAAGGGAGAAAAGGGAGGCAUCUCCUUGUGGCACGCGGCCUAGCGCCGUUGAGAACGACGUCAUCUCGAAAGACGCAUUGAUGCAGAUGCUCGAGACGUCGCGGCAAAUUUGGCAGUCGACACGGAAGGAGUCAACUGAAGCAAAUAGGGCCUUUAAGAUUCUGUCCAAGAUGCUCUGUUUAUCAACAGGAGCCGUGUUCGAGAGCAGUCCUGAAUCGUCGGGAAGCGCAUACGACUCGACCCAGGCGUCUAUUUAUACCAACCCCCAGCCAGCGACGGCAGUGAUGGGUGCAAAUCCCUAUUACUACACGCAGCCCCAGGCUCCCACCGCCAUGAGCCAGACCGUACCCGUUGCUAUACCCAUAGUCAUGCCACCAACAACCACAAUUCCACACCCCGAGCAGAUGCAAUAUCCUCUGGCGUGGCAGCCGGACCUCCCCCCUCCGAUAGGACCCGUGGACCUUUCCCCUUACAACACAAUGGACCAGUUCAUGGAUCCGAGCUUGACAGCCGACUGGAACUUCUGGGACAAUCAGGUCCACAACACGAACGCUGACGAGCUCCAAAUACCGUGGAAUACGUUUUUCAACCCUCAGAUGCCAGGCUAUCAAUAAAUUACUUGGAGGCACAUCACCAAUGCUUGCCUAUAACCGAUAUAUGCGGUCUCGAUGUGGAAUUUGUCUGUGAUAUAAUUGCAGUCAUGACGAAACAGCGUCGAGCGGCUCAUCAGCCCCCGCUAGAUGCAUCGUGAAGUUCUCAAUUUACUCAUGACAGAAGGUGACGGGAAGCGCGACCGCUUACGAAAUCCAAGAUGGUAAAGAGCGACAGCCACUUGGCCCUCCCUCUCUUUACAUAACGUGGGCUUAACGCAGCGCAUUCUCUGUGCUGGCCUUGACAAUCCCAAAGAUUGUCCAAGAGGUCGAGCAACACUAAUGUGUUAUUCAUCUAGCCCCAAGCCGUCAACGGGAAGGCGACUCGGAGUCGGACAGCUGGCGACAGUCCAGAUGCCGAAGCACCUCGACUUUCGGAUCUUGAUAGGCCAUUUGACCGUGGCAUCUUGCCGCUCUCGCCUCGGCAGAAAUCACCAUUAUUGCAAAAGACGACAAUUCUCUCUCAACUUCAGUUUUCAACACUAUCGAGCACAAACGUCACCACGCCCGAAAAUGACAAUGGCGGGGAUGUAGUUGGGUAGAGGAUAUGGGAUGGAGAUGGAAGAGGCUAGUAAACGAGGGGGCUGUGUUAAGCACUAGAGUAGGGGUUUUGUGCUUUUCAGCCAGUACUGAUGACAUUUACAGCCCACGAGUGUGGUGUCCGGGGCAGCAAGCCUGGGGCUUCAAACAGCAUUCCGGAUGGGAACGGUGAUUCGAUAUGUAUUCGGAUCCGAUCUCAAGGCGUCGGGGCGCGCCGCAUCGACAACGACGGGCCCUGCACCGUCUCCACACGGCCCCCGCCAUGACUGAGCCGAGAUCCGAUAGACGCGGUCUAUUUACCCCUCUUCAGUUAGCUCGGAUACUUAGUUUGCAGUGAUUGGACAUUGCGCCAUUGGCAUGUGUCAUGAAGUUUGGGUGGUAAAGUACGUGUAGU